AUGAAUAUUAUCUCUUGGAAUGUUAGGGGGCUCAAUGAGGAAACUCGUCGAGCACUUUAUGAGCAUUGUAAAAGAUUUCAUCCUAUUCUUAUGGGCAUUUAUGAACCUAAGAAUGACUUUUCCAAAAUUCCUGCUGCUUAUUGGAAUUCUAUUGGUCUCUUCCCGACUUUUCAAAAUGUACGCCAAGGACGGAGUUCGAAUAUCUGGGUUUGUGCUGCUCCGAGCGUUGAUAUUUCUCUGGUUUUUUCUUCCAGUCAAACGAUUAUUGUGGAUUGCGACUGGAAUAACAUUUCUUUUCGGGUGGCGUUUAUUCAUGGUGAUAACGCGUAUAUUGAACGUCGUUAUUUGUGGAUUGAUCUUUUGAAUCAUAUUGUGGAGAAAACGAUUCUUCUCGGAGACUUUAAUGCGGUUAAAGGGGCUCACGAACGAAAGAGCAUUUGCUUGCCGAACAGUACUUCGUGCAGAGAGUUUGGGGACUUUAUUGCGGCUUCGGGGCUUUUUGAAGCAAACACUACGGGUCUUUUCUUCACGUGGUGUGGCAGACGCAACCUGCCUUCUCAUGUCGAAUCGGUUCUGGACCGUGGUCUGUUUUCUGCGGAUUUUGCUAACAUAUGGGAUUCGAUUAAUGUUCAUGUUCUGCCCAGGUUCUCUUCAGACCAUUCACCUCUUAUUCUCCAAUGUAUGGAGAGAGCUGUUGCGAAAAGAAAGCACUUUAAAUUCCUGAAUAUGUGGCUUACUCAUCAGGAUUUUCGGGAUUUUGUGAAUGCUUCCUGGCAUGAUAAUACUAGCGUUACCUGUCCUCUUCUGAAGGUGAUGGUGAAAUUGAAAAGACUGCGCUCGAGUCUUAAAAGCUGGAACAAAGAGGUCUUUGGGCAUGUGGAUGUGGAUAUCGCUCAAAUGCAAUUGGAUUUGGAGAGGAUUCAGACAAGAAUCGCGACUGAUGGCUACUCUGACGCCAUAUUUGACGAAGAAGUGGAGGCUCAAGCACGCUUGAAAACACGAGUUUUCUUCCAUAACUCGAUCAAGGCUAGAAGGAAGCAGCUUCAUAUUCCGCAGCUGAGAAUUGAUGGGACGGACUCUUAUGAUCAAGAUGAGAUUGCAGCACACAUCGUUAAUUAUUUCUCCAAUUUAUUUGCUGACCCAACUGGUAAUGCGGUCACAACUGAUGAGGUGAGAGGUCUGGUGAACACCACAGUUUCUCAAGUGCAAAAUAACCUUCUUACUGGCAUUCCUUUGGACGAGGAAAUUAAAGCAGCGGUUUUCGAUCUGGGAGGGGACAGUGCAGCCGGCCCUGAUGGCUUCACUGGGGUCUUCUUUCAACAUUGCUGGGAGAUUAUCAAAGAGGACAUUUGUUUGGCGGUUAGAACGUUCUUCAACAAAAACUAUCUUCCUCAGGGUCUUAAUUCCAACACGCUGAUUCUUAUACCGAAAAAAGAAGUGGUUGAAACGGUGGCGGACUUGAGGCCUAUUAUUCUAUCCAACUUCUUCUUUAAAAUCCUCUCCAAGAUUCUGGCGACUAGACUCAGUGAUGUGGCGGCCGAGUGCGUUUCGCCGAAUCAAUUUGGCUUUAUUCGUGGUCGCUUGAUUCAUGACUGUAUUAUGCUCGGUUCGGAAGGAAUUAACUGCAUGAAUCGAUCGUGUAAAGGUAAAAAUAUGGCUUGUAAAGUGGAUAUUAAAAAGGCCUUUGACACGAUGAACUGGCGCUUCAUUCGAUGUGCCAUGGAGGCGAUGGGCUUUGAUCAACGUUUUCUGGAUUGGAUUUCUACCAUUUUUGUGUCUGCACGUCUCUCUAUUCUGUACAACGGGCAAUUGUUUGGAUACUUCGCCUGCUCUCGUGGGGUUAGACAGGGAGAUCCGCUUUCCCCUAUUAUCUUUGGCAUUGCUGAAGACGUUCUCAGCUGUAUGCUCAUCAAGGCAGUCGAAGAUAAUUGUCUUAUGCCGAUGAAAAUGAGCCGCGCCAGCUACUUUCCUUCGCAUUUAUUAUACGCUGAUGACAUUCUUUUGUUUUGCAAGGCUACUACUAAGAAUGCUCGUAUGAUUCGUAACGUCCUGCAGAGAUAUGGUGAGAUUUCAGGACAAAUUUGCAGCCAGGAAAAGUCGCAUAUCUUUUUUGCCAAAGGGGUCACGUUAAGUUAUCAAAGACAGAUUGGCAGGAUUCUUCGCUUUCGUGUGGGGCAACUGCCGUUGAUUUAUUUGGGGGCCCCUUUGUUUGUUGGAAGACCUAAAGCUAUUCAUCUUGCUGCUAUAAAAGAUAGAAUUAUUAACAAGUUCUCUCGUUGGAAAGGUUCCCAGCUUUCUAUUGCUGGGCGUAUUUGCCUUGUCCGCUCUGUCAUUCAGAGCUCUAUCGUUCAUACGAUGAUGAUCUAUAAAUGGCCUAGCUCUCUUAUCAAGGAGUUGGACAGCUGCUGCAGAAACUUCAUUUGGAUGGGCAACAUUAACAAAAAGCCGACUUGCGCUGUUAGUUGGGAGCGCGUUUGUGCGAUUAAGGAGGAAGGUGGUCUUGGGAUCCGCUCGUUCAAAAUGAUGAAUGAAUCCUUUCUUAUGAAACUCGCUUGGAAGGUGAUUGUGGGAAGCUCCUUUGGGUUUGAUUCGAUGAAACGCAGAUACUUGAAUGAUGUGGAUAGGCCACGUUCGGAGUUUCUUACUUCUUCGAUCUGGGUAGGUGUUAGACGUUUAAUACCUGACCUCCUUGAAGACUCUUACUGUUUGAUUGGAACAGGCUCGUCGGUGUUUUUCUGGCAUGAUGACUGGCUCGGAUACAACAUAGCUGAUAGAAUUAAUUUACCGCCGUUUAUGCGGAACAGAUUAAAUCAAACGGUGGCAAAUUAUUUCUAUGAUGGAAUCUGGCACUUCUCGCAAGAUUUUAUUGAUGAAUUCCCUCACAUUGUUUGUGAUAUUUUGCUUCUUCCUAUCGGCGAUGAGGAAGAUGUCAGGCUUUGGAAACCGUCAGUGCAUGGGGAAGUCACAUCUGCCCUGGCUUUUGCUGCUAAUUGUCAUCGUUUCCCUGGUGUUUCUUGGGGUCGUUGGUUAUGGGAAAGCUAUAUCCCUGUUCGUCGGUCCAUCACGUGUUGGAGAGUUAUUUUAAAUCGGUUGCCUACGCGGGACAAACUUAUUCGCCAAGGUCUGAUUUCGCCCAAUUAUUGCUCUCUUUGCUUUCAAGAGGCUGAAGAUAUUUGUCAUAUUUUCUGGUCUUGCGAUAAAGUGCAACCGAUCUGGGCUGAAUUUCUGGGUUGGUUCAAUCAGCUGGAGGGGAGACACUGUGUUGAUAUUCAUAGCUUUCUCAUUUUUUCUUGGUCCAUUAAGUGGAGUUCACAAAUUAAUGUUUUCUGGAAACUUGGAGUUGUUUCGGUGAUAUGGGCGAUUUGGAAUGCGCGUAAUAAAAGCCAUUUUGAUGGAGUAUAUUUCCAGAGCCGUGCUAUUCUUAGCUUUAUCAAAUCGGUUUUCCUGGAGGUGGAAAAUUCUUUUGCCAAAAUUGGCUGUACUAACAACACCUGGGCGGACUACCUCAUCACUCGUAAUUUAGGUGUUAAAGUGAAGCAACGGCCGCCGCCGGAGUACACCUCGGUUUAUUGGUCACCGCCGGCGUUUGCUUGGAUAAAAGCAAACACUGAUGGUUCCGCGGUUGGGGCACCUGGUCGUAUUUGUGCAGGGGGAGUUUUCAGAGAUUGGCGAGGUUUUGUAAGGGGCUGCUUCCAUGUGGAAGGAGGUACGGGGUAUGCGUUUGAGGCGGAGCUUUUAGGCAUUAUUACAGCUAUUGAGUUUGCUCAUCAUUGUGGCUGGUUGAAGAUCUGGUUUGAAGCGGAUUCGGCCUACGUUGUCAAUGCUCUGUUGACUAAAUCUGGCAAGGUUCCUUGGAGGUUCCAGGCUUUGUGGAGACGAGCUCUUUCUUUCCUUGAUCAUAUGGAUUUUAGAAUUACUCAUAUUUUUAGAGAGGGGAAUGUUCCUGCUGACAUUAUGGCUAGUCCACACACCCCCGAGGGACGUUGGACUCACAGUGUUGAAGAUGAUGCCGGAGUCGAGAUCGAUGUAUUUCUGCUCGGAGACGUGGAAUUCCAUGAAUUCUGGCGAGAGAAGCAAUCUUCAAGAGAGGGAAUCGCUAGCUUCUGCAACUCUUCAUUGAUCGGAAAUGGAGUUUCUAAGCCCUCGCUGAAAUACAAGAAGAUGGAGAAAGCUGAGAUGUUGUGGCAAGUGUAG